GCACCUGGAGUUCAGGGAGACCCGGAGAGCUCACCCUGCCCCCUCUUGUCUUGUGUUUGUCACAGGCUUGCUCCUCAACCUCUUCUCGAAAAUGGAAAAGAUGCUGUUGGGCUGCCUUCUGCUGAUCUUCGGACAGGUCCUCCUCCUCCCCGCUGAGGCCAGGGAGCGGCCGCGCUCGAGGUCCAUCUCCAGAGGGAGACACACUCGGACCCACCCCCAGACGGCCCUCCUGGAGAGCUCCUGUGAGAACAAGCGAGCAGACCUGGUCUUCAUCAUUGACAGCUCCCGCAGUGUCAACACCUACGACUAUGCAAAAGUCAAGGAGUUUAUCGUGGAUAUUUUGCAAUUCUUGGACAUUGGGCCUGACCUCACCCGAGUGGGCCUGCUCCAAUAUGGCAGCACGGUCAAGAAUGAGUUCUCCCUCAAGACUUUCAAGAGGAAGUCUGAGGUGGAACGCGCUGUCAAAAGAAUGAGACAUCUGUCCACGGGCACCAUGACAGGGCUGGCCAUCCAGUAUGCCCUGAAUAUUGCAUUCUCAGAGGCAGAGGGGGCCCGGCCCCUGAGGGAGAAUGUACCUCGGGUCAUAAUGAUUGUGACAGAUGGGAGGCCACAGGACUCAGUGGCUGAGGUGGCUGCGAAAGCACGGGACACGGGCAUCUUGAUCUUUGCCAUUGGCGUGGGCCAGGUGGACUUCAACACUCUGAAGGCCAUCGGGAGCGAGCCCCACAAAGACCAUGUCUUCCUGGUGGCCAACUUUAGCCAGAUUGAGUCCCUGACCUCAGUGUUCCAGACCAAGUUGUGCACGGUCCACAUGUGCAGCGUCUUGGAGCAUAAUUGUGCCCACUUCUGCGUCAACACCCCUGGCUCAUACGUCUGCAGGUGUAAAGAAGGAUACAUUCUCAACUCGGAUCAGACGACUUGCAGAAUCCAGGAUUUGUGUGCGGUGGAGGACCAUGCCUGUGAGCAGCUCUGUGUGAAUGUGCCAGGCUCCUUUGUCUGCCAGUGCUAUAGUGGCUACACCCUGGCUGAGGACGGGAAGAGGUGUGUGGCUGUGGACUAUUGUGCCUCGGAAAACCACGGAUGCGAACACGAGUGUGUAAAUGCUGAUAACUCCUACAUUUGCCGGUGCCGUGAAGGAUUUGCUCUUAACUCAGAUGAAAAAACAUGCACGAAGAUAGACUACUGUGCUUCAUCCAAUCAUGGAUGUCAGCAUGAGUGUGUCAACACAGAUGAUUCGUAUUCCUGCCGUUGCCUGAAAGGGUUUACCCUGAAUCCAGAUAAGAAAACCUGCAGACGGAUCAACUACUGUGCACUGAACAAACCAGGCUGUGAGCAUGAAUGCGUCAACACAGAGGAGAGCUACUAUUGCCGGUGCCGCCGGGGCUAUACCCUAGACCCCAAUGGCAAGACCUGCAGCCGGGUGGAUCACUGCGCGCAGAACGACCAUGGCUGUGAGCAGCUGUGCGUGAACACCGAGGAGUCAUUCAUCUGCCAGUGCUCGGAAGGUUUCCUCAUCAAUGAGGACCUCAAGACCUGUUCCAGGGUGGAUUACUGCUUGCUGAGCGACCACGGUUGUGAGUAUUCGUGCAUCAACAUGGACACAUCCUUUGCCUGUCAGUGUCCCGAGGGAUACGUGCUCCGCAGUGAUGGGAAAACCUGUGCAAAAUUAGACUCUUGUGCUUUGGGGGACCAUGGUUGCGAACACUUAUGUGUAAGCCGUGGAAACUCUUUUGUGUGCCAGUGCUUUGAAGGGUACACCCUUCAUGAAGAUGGGAAAACCUGCAGAAGGAAAGAUGUCUGCCAAGCCGUAGACCAUGGUUGUGAACACAUUUGUGUGAACAAUGACGACUCCUACAUCUGCAAGUGCUUGGAGGGAUUCCUGCUCACUGAUGAUGGGAAACACUGCAGAAGGAAGGAUAUCUGCAAAUCGACCUACCACGGCUGCGAACACAUUUGUGUUAAUAAUGGCAACUCAUACACCUGCAAAUGCUCGCAGGGAUUUGUUCUAGCUGAGGAUGGAAGACGGUGCAAGAGAUGUACUGAAGGCCCAGUUGACCUGGUCUUUGUGAUUGAUGGAUCCAAGAGCCUUGGAGAAGAGAAUUUUGAGAUUGUGAAGCAGUUUGUCACUGGAAUUAUAGAUUCCUUGGCAAUUUCCCCCAAAGCUGCUCGAGUGGGGCUGCUCCAGUAUUCAACGCAAGUUCGCACAGAGUUCACCCUGAAAAGCUUCAGCUCAGCCAGAGACAUGAAAAAAGCCGUGGCCCACAUGAAAUACAUGGGCAAGGGCUCUAUGACGGGGCUGGCCCUGAAACACAUGUUUGAGAGAAGUUUUACCCAAGUAGAAGGGGCCAGGCCUCUCUCCUUACGGGUGCCCAGAGUGGUCAUCGUGUUCACUGAUGGACGGGCUCAAGACGACGUCUCUGAGUGGGCCAGUAAAGCCAAAGCCAAUGGUAUAACUCUGUAUGCUGUUGGGGUAGGAAAAGCCAUUGAGGAAGAACUACAGGAGAUUGCCUCUGAGCCCACAGACAAGCAUCUCUUCUAUGCUGAAGACUUCAGCACAAUGGGCGAGAUAAGUGAAAAACUAAAGAAAGGCAUAUGUGAAGCUCUGGAAGACUCUGAUGGAAGUCAGGACUCCCCAGCAGGGGAAAUGCCAAAGAGGGUCCACCAGCCAACAGAAUCUGAGCCAGUCACCAUAAAUAUCCGAGACCUACUUUCCUGUUCUAAUUUUGCAGUGCAACACAGAUAUCUGUUUGAAGGAGACAGUCUUUCACGGUCUACACAAAAACUUUCCCAGUCUACCAAAGCUUCAGGAAGCCCUCUGGAAGAAAAACAUGAUCAAUGCAAAUGUGAAAACCUUAUAAUGUUCCAGAACCUUGCAAAUGAAGAAGUAAGAAAAUUAACCCAGCGCUUAGAAGAAAUGACACAGAGAAUGGAAGUCCUGGAAAAUCGCCUGAGAUACAGAUGAAGACUGGAAAUGCGCUCACGUUUAUAUUUGUCAUUGUUUCAAGGAUCACAACAAAAGCAGCUCAGAGCCCCAAAACUCAGGCUAUCAUGUCAGUAAACAUUGUCAAGUAAGGCAUAACUAGUACUGAAAAAGCUGGUUUGGCACAGAACAAAAAGUAGACACAAAUUUGUAUAAUUUAGAAAAAAAAUCUUCCAGAUUUCUAAGAUGAGUGCACCAAGUGAGAAUAAAUAAGCUAUGCAAGGUAUUUUGUAAUAUACUGUGGACCUGAUUGCUUCUGCCCCUCCUGCAUUAGAGUGUUAUGAUCUCAACUGACUACAAAGUAAAGUUUGCACAGUCUUACUUCUGUAGAACACUGGCCAUAGGAAAAGCUAUUUUUUGUAUUGGAUUUUACCUUGAUGUAUGUAUAUGGAUGUAUGCAUAAAACUGUAAGACAUAAGUACUUGUAUAACAAGUUGGAUUUUUUAAUACAAUAUUAAAAUUCACACUUCAGAGAAUGCUAUUUUGUGUAAAAUGCUUAGCAAAAUAUGUAUACAUGAGAAAUGGCUUAUACAUGUAUGAAAAGAUGCUCUCACUGGUCUUCAGGAAAAUACAAGUUAAUGCAAUACCAUUUAUCACCCAUCAGGAGGCCUGGUGACAGCGGUUAAGCACUCACCUGCUAACCAAAAGGUUGGGAUUUGAACCCACCAGCUGCUUCGAGAAAGAAAGAUGCGGUAGCCUGUUUCCAUAAAGAUUACAGCCUUAGAAGCCCUAUAGGACAGUUCUACUCUGUCCUAUAGGGUCACUGAGUUGGAAUCAACUGGAUACCAGUAGGUUUUUUUGGGUAUCACCCAUCAGCUUAGCAAAAAUUAGUUUGUUUGACCAGUAUUGGUAAAAAUGUUACUACAGUGUGUAAAAGUAACAAACUAGAUACAACCUAAUCAUCAGAACUGAUAAAACUGAGGUGCACCCCAUACCAUAAAAGUACUCUACAUUUAAAGGAAUGCAUUAAAUCUACAUGUAUACAUGGUAGAACUCAUAAAGAUGAAUUUAAAAAACUAAUGACAGAAUAUGUUCAGCAUUAUCAUUUCUGUAAAAUUAAAAAAAAAAAACAAAACACAUAGCUAGAAAUCGCUCGGAUACAUAAAAUAUGUACAUUUAAGAACAGGAAAUGUCCUCUAAGGAUAUACACCCAAAUAGUGGCCGUCCCUGGGAAAGGAAGUGGAAAUACAGGGUCAAAGGAAAUUCAACUAUAUCAUUAAAGGUGUUUCUCUAAAACAAGUAAACUGGAAAAAUAUUAAUAAACUAAUGGCACAGUGAGCUCAGGGAAACACUUUAAGCAGCAAGACACACUACGGUAAGACAUGGAGAUACUAAAAGGACAUCCUUCCCGUGGAAGCCACUGUAUUUUGGGGUCCAAAUAAUGCUUUACAACAAACACCCUGUAUAAGCUUCCAGCUCCAUUUAAAUAUUUCAAGACAUGUUUCCAUCUGAAUGUCUUUCUAAAAGGCAAUGUGAACACUCUUAGGCCUCAUCUCAUCUGAAAAUCAUCUGAUCCUUUGUCCAGUUAUAAAAGUUGUGAUUUAAAAAAUUUAAUUGAGUUUACGUUUUUCAGUCAUCCAUUCAACCUAGUUGUCUACAUGUUUCCAUUUAAAAAAAAGUGUUUAAAGCCAUGAUUUAGGCUGCCAUUACUUGUGUUUGUGUACUUUCAGUGGCAGCAAAUGCUACUUCAGAUUCUGUUAUGUCCAGGCUCCCUCUAGUGGCUCAAAAAAAGGCCUACAUUCAUUGUAACUGAGCUUUCUCCUCGGGAAAAGCAUUUCUCCUGAAAACAAAGUGUCUCUAAACAUAAUCCAUCAAAAUUUACAAAUUAAUCCAAGAUUUCAUUUGAGGGUUGUCUUAAAAUUGGAAGUAGUUCAUUUUUCCUUAUUUCUGCCACAUAUACAUCUCUGACAUAAAGGCUUUACAUUCCAGUUUCACCAUUUAUGUGACUUUUCCAUGCCUUGAUUUCC